AUGAAUGCUAUGAGAAUAUCACAAGACUCAGAGACUAAGAAAUCAAUGAGGAAAAAGAGUGAAUUCUUUCUUGAUGAAGCACAACGCAUCAAACACGUUAGCGAUUGGGUACCUCGUUCCGAGAUCGAUGUCACUAGAGUGCUCAAGCUAGUCGAACCGAAGUCAGAUCGUAAACUGCCUACUUCAGAGCAGAUCUUACUCCUGAAAGCUUCUCACCUCAAUGGCUUCAAGUUCCCUCCAUGGACUGGGGCGCCGCAGAACUCGGACUUUCAAAUCUCAGAUGGUCAAGAGCGCUUCACUGAUACGCCGAGAUUGCGUCUCUCUUCCGCGCAGCUUGAAGUGUUCGACGAUUGGAAACGUGCGGCUGAGGCUCUUCCGCCUCCCGCAUGGUACACACCCCAAGAGAGACAAGCAGGUCCCACCAUGAGCUCGUCGCGUACCAUUGAUCUCGUCCAAGAUGCCGCGACGGACUGUUCAGUUGUUGCAAGUCUAUGUGCUCUGGUUGCUCGUGGUGAAAGAGGCCAUGCAAAGAUUCUGGGCUCCAUGAUGUUUCCGUACGACGCUGACCAGGGACGUCCUGAAUUGUCUCCGAACGGCAAGUAUACUCUCAAGCUCAACUUCAACGGAACUCACAGAAGAAUCGAGAUCGACGAUUUUCUCCCUGUGUCCAAAUCAUCGAGAGUCUUGCAUGUCAUUGAUCGCCACAACCCGAGCCUUCUAUGGCCUGCCUUGAUCGAAAAGGCUUAUCUCAAAGUUCGAGGUAGCUACGAUUUUCCCGGAAGUAACUCUGGAACCGACCUUUGGAUCCUGAGCGGGUGGAUCCCUGAGCAAAUCUUCUUGCAAAGUGACGAUACCAUUCCUAAUAACAUCUGGAAGCGUAUUUUCAAGUCACAUCAAUACGGCGAUGUCUUGAUAACCAUGGGCACUGGCAAAAUCUCUAGUCGUACCGAACGCGCCAUCGGUCUUGCAGGAGAACAUGACUAUGCCGUACUAGACAUGAGAGAAGUCAACGGACAGAAGCUGAUGCUCGUCAAGAACCCCUGGUGCGAAGGGAUGUCGUGGCGAGGAAGCAUUCCUAGGUCUCCUGUUGAUGAUCAAGAUGACGAAGACGAAGAAGUGCUUCCCUCAUCGCGAGAUCUGCUAAAUCAGGAUGAUAAGCUAACACCCGGCACUUUUUGGAUAGACCUUAAUAGUGUCAUGCAGUACUUCGAGUCUAUCUACCUGAAUUGGAACCCAGGACUCUUCAACUAUCGUCAGGAUAUCCAUUUCGCCUGGGACUUGUCAGCCUCAUCCUUGAGCAGCAAGUACAAGAGCUUCAGCAACAACCAACAAUUCCGUGUGUCUGUGGUAGCUCCGUGUACUGUAUGGUUUCUUCUGAGCCGGCAUUUCAGAGAUGGAAGAGAAAACGACCAUCCUUCAGAAUACAUCAGCCUAUACUUAUUUGACAACAAUGGCGCAAAAGUAUACCUGAGUGAUGGGGCUUUGCAACGCGGACCUUUCGUGGACUCUCCACAAACUCUUCUUCGUCUGGAUAAUUUGGAAGCCGGCAAAAAAUACACGGUUGUUCCAGUCGAGCAAGACCUCGGACCCGCCGUUCAUACUUUCACCCUCUCUGUUUUUGCGGAGCAACGUAUCACAGUCGAUGAGGCACCAAACAAGUAUCCUUGUCAAAAGAUAAUCCCCGCGGCUUGGACGGACGAGAGUGCAGGUGGCAACGCUCACUCGCCGACAUAUUCACAGAAUCCGCAGUUCAGCAUUGUUGUUCCUGCGAGAACACCAAUCGCAUUGCUUCUCGAGACAGAAGUGGAGCAGUUGCACGUUCAUGUGAAGUUGGUGCAUGGUCGAGGCUCUCGGGUUCAAGCGGUGAGGUCCAAGGAUAUUGUAUUCGAUUCGAAAGAUUAUCGUCGUGGAUGUGCCCUAGCACAAUACGCAGAGCUCGAAGCAGGUACUUAUACAAUCAUCUGCUCUACAUUCGAAGCCGGGCAGAAAGGAAACUUCAGGCUGCGAGUCGACAGUAUGGUGGCUACACAGCUUUCGCUACUCCCACGGCAAGGUGCAGGACGACUGGGACGCGCUUGGGCCAAAGCGAUUUUUGAAGGACAGCAGCGCGUGCUAGCGGCACCGAUCGCGCCUAAACGUCUCACUAAACUCGAUGUUUUCGUUAAACAAGUUCAGCAGACGGGGCUCCAAGAGAUUGCAAAGACGGGCCAGACUCGGCAGAGGAGCAUGAUCCGUGUCACAUUGGAGAUAGGCACGGGACCUCAGCGGCGAAUCUUGAUUGCCAGCUCCAAUGGAGAAUAUAGUGACUCAUCCGCUGGAGUACGAACAGGCGAGAUUGAUCUCUCACCACAGGAGAUGGGCAAGGUGUGGCUGGUCAUUGAGCGAAUGUUUACUCCCAUGGACUCGCAAGGAGAGAUGUUCCAAAUCGAGACAUUCACAGAUGCACCCGACACGGUCGAUAUAGGAGUCUGGAGGAGAUGGGAGGUCGACUGA